UGACGGUGACUCAGUGUCCGAGCAGAGAACAGUGCACACGUAUUAGCAGCGUAGCACCCAGUCGCUUUAUUUGCCGACUCCUUCACUUUUGUUCGACUGUGCAAAUUGUCAGUUCAUCUUGUUUGCAGCAUAUUUUUAUAUCUAGAGUUAUCCAGUAUGUCACAUACGGUGACUAUUACGCGAACGACGGCAGUGUCCUCUGGUACACCGCUGUUCAUCAAUACUGGCUAUAUGGGCUCUAUGCCCGGCUUACUGAAACUGGCACAAUUGUUAAUGGGCGCGGCUUGCGUCGGUAUAGUGGGCUAUUAUUACGACCAAAAUUACAGAAACAGCGCAUCGAAAGCAGAAUUGUUUUUCCUGUUAAUAGCAGUCUCUUUCCUUAUUGGAACAUUUUGUUUACUAACUUCGUGUAUUGUGUCCUUAUCAUCGGCUUCGCUAAUUUCUAAGACUGUUUACGAAGUCAUUUAUCACGGACUGGCCUUCAUACUAUACCUAGCGGCGGGAAUCACAUUUUUAACAGAAGUAAAUCAGAACAAGAGAAGUUACUACAAUGCCUAUGAGCCGUAUUUAGCGGCAGCGGUGAUGGGUCUUAUUCUCGCUGGGCUCUACCUACUAAGUACAUUUAUGGCGAACCGAUCAUAUAGAGGCAUUUAAUUUGGAUUGAAGAUGAUGAAUCUCCUGCAAUCGACAUGAUAUAUUUUUCUUUAAGUUUACUUCAGCAUUUAUAAUUUAGCACAAGUAGGUACCUAAUUUGGAAAAUAUAGUGAAAGAUUUUUAGGGGUAUGGCCACAAAGCAAUUAACACUACGUUUUAUUGGAGCCGGCACCGCCAUUAUGAGAGUUGAACCAAAUUUAAAUGUGUUACAUAUUUAAAUUUGACAUACCUAAUAUUUAAUUCUAGACCUUAGAUUUCUUUAUUAGACUAUUUUUAUAAUUAAUUUACAGGGGGGUUGCCUGAACGUUGAAGGGAUCUGUGGGUCCAUUUGGCAUCGUAAUUCUCUAACAGCGACAAUAUGUUUUUAUAUUACGAUUCCUUAAUAUGCCUUAUAUUCUUAGCUUACUAGCCAACUAAUACUAAUAUAAAUAUAAACUUUUAAGAUGUUAUUUACAUACAUACUCGUA